AAUAUGAAUCCAUCCUGGAAUAUCGAACACAUAAUCCAUCAACAAAGCAAGCCGGCACAAAAAUAGAAGGAAUCCCACAAGACAUUCACACUGAAACAAAUGUAACCAAAAUUCCUAUACAACAACCAGUUCUGUCCGCUCCUACGUUAAAUAGCAUCAAUAUAUCAUUGGCAGUUGGCACUCAUGGUUCUCCUACUUGUACAUAUACUUCACAAUGUGUGGAGUUUGUUGCUAUAUCUUACCUCAUGGCAGUGACUAAUGCAUUGCGUUUUCUUGGAGCGUUUGUUUUGUUGCUGAGCCACGUUCUGUGGUGCGGUGCAGAACCAAUUACAGAGUUACCGGGACAACCAGAGAAUGUUGCAUUUCAACAGCAUUCAGGAUACAUUGUGACAGAUGCCCUACAUGGCCGAGCUUUGUUUUACUACUUUGUCGAAGCUGAUACUUCUGAUCACCUUUCACGUCCCUUAACAUUGUGGCUCAAUGGAGGGCCGGGUUGUUCUUCACUUGGAUAUGGUGCAUUCAUGGAAAAUGGUCCAUUUCAACCAGGCAAGAAAGGAAACCUCAUCAAGAACAAAUAUUCUUGGAACUUAGAAUCAAACAUGUUGUAUCUGGAAUCGCCUAUUGGAGUUGGGUUUUCAUACUCAAACACAAGCUCUGACUAUAUCAUGUGGAACGAUACGACUACUGCUAAGGAUAACUUGGCGUUUAUUAUAAACUGGCUCGAAGAAUUUCCAAUGUAUAAAGACUCCGACUUCUUUUUAGUUGGAGAAAGCUAUGCAGGACACUAUAUUCCACAGCUUGCUGCACUAAUACUUGAACACAAUAAAGGGAAAAACACCCAGCCAAUAAAUCUCAAAGCAAUUGGGCUGGGAAAUCCACUUCUAGACAUAGAAAUCAGUGUAGAAGCUGGGGAAUUCUUAUGGUCACAUGGAGCAAUAUCGGAUGAGACAUUAUACCUGGAGAAGACUGUGUGCAACAACUCUAAAUUUCUACAAGAAUACAUUCAUUCCGGUUGGUCAGAAGGCUGCAAUGAUGUAUUUAACAGAGUCUCAGAUGAAAUGGGAGCAGAUGUUCUAAGUGAUGACCUCCUUCUACCUAUAUGCUUGUCCUCAUCGACUUCCACCACUCAGUUUAAACCUAUGGGAUUGCAUGGGAAGAGCCAUGAAGCAUUUGCUAGGAGAGGAAUUGUGGGAGACCCUUGUCUUCAAUCAAGGAUUUUCACAUAUCUAAAUAAGCCCGAAGUUCAGAAGGCAUUACAUGCUAAUACAACUCACCUUCCUUUUCAUUGGGACUUCUGUGAGGGACCUCUUGUAUAUCAAGAAGAGAACUUGGCUUUGAAUAUUAUACCCCUAGUCAGAUACUUACUAAACAAAGGGAUUCCCAUCUUGCUCUACAGUGGAGACCAAGAUUCAAAGAUACCACUGACUCAAACCAGGAUAAUUGCUGACAAGCUUGCCAAAGAUUUAAAGCUCCAGUCUUAUACAAACUAUGGCCCUUGGUACGACAAAAAACAGGUGGGAGGAUGGUGGCAGUCAUAUGGUAGACUGACAGAGGGAAAGAAUGUUACAUAUCUGACAUUCGCGACAGUUAGAGGAGCAGCUCAUGAAGUGCCCUUCACCUCUCCAUCCCAAGCCCUCACUCUGUUUCAUUCAUUUCUACACGCCCUUCCUCUUCCUACGCCGCCCCCUCAACGUUAAACCAAAUCCCUGAUAAGAUGCUGGCCUCUGAAAUGGUCACCUGUUUCCGAAAAUAAUUAGCAAAGGCCUAAUAAAACAGUUCACAACUGUAGUCAGCAAGCAGAAUCUGAGGGCAUUUGAAAACAAGGAGACUUGAUACACAUUUGCUAGCACUUAGUAGUCUUGGUCCAUUCUUGCAAUUGACAGCCAAAUAGUUUCUGAUUUUCCAUUGAGAUUGCCUACUGGAAUUGAGGUUAUGACAUAAAAGAGCAUUCU